CAAAGCUUUAGUCGUAUUACUUCAAUAAAUGUCUACGAUAAAAAAUCAUAUAAAAGCGUUACGAAAAUUGACAAAAACAUAGUCAGUUUGCUGAUACCGGCUUUAACCUUCAUCAUGAAAUUCCUGAUCGUCCUCUCCGUGCUCGCCGCCGUCGCAUCCGCCGACUACCUGAAGCCGUCGGUCCUCCCCGCGCACGCGCAGGAGCUGCAGGAGGUCAUCGCCGCCAUCAACAGCCCCAGCACUGACCCCGCCACCGCCGCCGCGUUGGAGCAGCUGCUCCUCCAGACACUAGGCAUCGACCACCUGCCUGAAUCCCCCAUCUCCGUUGGCCCCGCCAUCGUUGAGGAGACCCCAAUCUACGCCCCGAUUCCCGUGCCCGUCAAGCCUGAGUCCCCCGUGCCUGUGAAGCCCUACCCCGUAGCAGUCCCUGAGACCCCCGCUCUCGUCCCCUCCCCCAUCAUCGACGCUACCCCCGCUGACGUCGCCGCCGCCUCCCCAUUGGUCCAGAUCAUCCUGAACAUCGCCAACUAAGUUCAGACUACUCCGAAUUAUUUGAAAAGUUGCGCUUAUAAAAUGUUCUAACAUGAGGGGUGAUUUUUAUACGAAGAUUAAGAUUGAACUAAUUGUAUGUUAGAAAAUGUUUGAACAUGAGGUGCAAUAAAUUUAUUUCUUAACUUA